AUGUUUCUCCAAGUCUUUUCCCCGUAUCUGCACAUUUUGCCGUACAUUGUGUACAGUGAUAGUGUCUGCAUUUGACGUGACAUCGAUUCCGUCAGGGCAUCGUUUCUGUCAAGGCUGUUCUCGGGCGUGACAUUGUUUGUGAACCCUAUCCUAUAUUUCAGUAUUGUGUUAAAAGGGAAUUCAGCAUGCAUGUUUCUCCAAGGUUUGAGCAGUCUUUUCCCCGUAGCUGCACAUUUUGCCGUACAUUAUGUACAGUGAUGUGUGUUUGCAUUUGACGUGACAUCGAUCCUGUCAGGGCAUCGUUUCUGUCAAGGCUGUUCUCGGGCGUGACAUUGUUUGUGAACCCUAUCCUAUAUUUCAGUAUUGUGUUAAAAGGGAAUUCAGCAUGCAUGUUUCUCCAAGGUUUGAGCAGUCUUUUCCCCGUAGCUGCACAUUUUGCCGUACAUUAUGUACAGUGAUGUGUGUUUGCAUUUGACGUGACAUCGAUCCUGUCAGGGCAUCGUUCGUGUCGAGGCUGUUCUCGGGCGUGACCUUUUUUGUGAACCCUACAUAUCCAAUAUUUCAGUAUUGUGUUAAAAGGGAAUUCAGCAUGCAUGUUUCUCCAAGGCUUGAGCAGUCUUUUCCCCGUAUCUGUACAUUUUGCCGUACACUGUGUACAGCAAUAAGUGUCUGCGUUUGACGUGACAUCGAUCCUGUCAGGGCAUCGUUCGUGUCGAGGCUGUUCUCGGGCGUGACCUUUUUUGUGAACCCUACAUAUCCAAUAUUUCAGUAUUGUGUUAAAAGGGAAUUCAGCAUGCAUGUUUCUCCAAGGCUUGAGCAGUCUUUUCCCCGUAUCUGUACAUUUUGCCGUACACUGUGUACAGCAAUAAGUGUCUGCGUUUGACGUGACAUCGAUCCUGUCAGGGCAUCGUUUCUGUCAAGGCUGUUCUCGGGCGUGACAUUGUUUGUGAACCCUAUCCUAUAUUUCAGUAUUGUGUUAAAAGGGAAUUCAGCAUGCAUGUUUCUCCAAGGUUUGAGCAGUCUUUUCCCCGUAGCUGCACAUUUUGCCGUACAUUAUGUACAGUGAUGUGUGUUUGCAUUUGACGUGACAUCGAUCCUGUCAGGGCAUCGUUUCUGUCAAGGCUGUUCUCGGGCGUGACAUUGUUUGUGAACCCUAUCCUAUAUUUCAGUAUUGUGUUAAAAGGGAAUUCAGCAUGCAUGUUUCUCCAAGGUUUGAGCAGUCUUUUCCCCGUAGCUGUAUAUUUUGCCGUACACUGUGUACAGUGAUAAGUGUCUGCAUUUGACGUGACAUCGAUCCUGUCAAGGCAUCGUUUCUGUCAAGGCUGUUCUUGGGCGUGACCUUGUUUGUGAACCCUAUCCUAUAUUUCAGUAUUGUGUUAAAAAAGAAUUCAGCAUGCAUGUUUCUCCAAGGUUUGAGCAGUCUUUUCCCCGUAGCUGUAUAUUUUGCCGUACACUGUGUACAGUGAUAAGUGUCUGCAUUUGACGUGACAUCGAUCCUGUCAGGGCAUCGUUUCUGUCAAGGCUGUUCUUGGGCGUGACCUUGUUUGUGAACCCUAUCCUAUAUUUCAGUAUUGUGUUAAAAAAGAAUUCAGCAUGCAUGUUUCUCCAAGGUUUCAGCAGUCUUUUCCCCGUAUCUGUACAUUUUGCCGUACAUUGUGUACAGUGAUAUGUGUCUGCAUUUGACGU